AUGCCGCCUCGGAGAUCCCAUAAGAAGUCACGCACUGGCUGCAUCCAGUGUAAAAAGAGACGAGUAAAGUGUGACGAGCGCGGCCCACCUUGCAGUAACUGCACAACUCGUGGGAUAGAAUGCGCCUAUUCCAGUACACCCGCUGGGGCCCUCAUGCCAAACACAGUGUCAGCGAGCCCUAGCUCUCCGCAGGUGUCCAUAAGCCCAAACGCCAUUCCCAGUCAAUCACCACCAGUCACCACACACUACGAUCUCCGCUCAUUAGAGCUCAUGCACAAAUUCUCAACAGAGACCUAUUACAGUCUCUCCAGCGACGCCUUAGACCACCGAGUAUGGCAAACCACCAUGCCUCGCAAAGCACUUGAAUUCGACUUCCUUCUAGACGGCAUCCUAUCAAUUGCUUCACUGCACACCGCGGCAACAAAACCCCCCCUAGAAGCACGUUCAUACAUUGACACGGCACUAGAAUACCAGAACCGAGCAUUGACGCCCUUCCGACAUGCUCUUAACAACAUCUCGCCGGCGAACUGUGAUGCCAUCUAUGCCUACUCCCUCAUCACCAUCGCCAGUCGUAUAGCAAUGCCCCAUUUAGCAAUAGGGGAUAACGAAGGUCCGAACAUGAUUGAAAACAUCCUCCACGUCUUCGAGUUACUGCAAGGGACCACCGAGAUCUCGAAAAUGACUCGCGCAUGGUCGUCGCAGAUGAAACAGAAGAAGCCUUCAGCCGUUUAA